AUGGAACAACAUACGUCGGGGAAUCGCGAGUCCCGGGCCCGGCCGAGAGAGCGGGACCCAGACCGGCACCCCCGCCCGGACCGAGAACGCCACCCCGAGAGACAGCGGGACAGAGCCGGGGACCGGCGCAGGGAGAGAAACGGGGGCGGGCGGAAGGACGAGGACCGGGAUAGGGGGAGGGACCGGGAACCCCGCCAGGACAGACACAGGGCCGGGGACCAUCGUGGCGGUGAACAAAGAGUUGGGGAACAAUCCCGCCAGAGUCGGACGCGGGACGGACCCCGGCGGCCGACCUGGGACGCGGCCCCGCCCCUCUGGCCCGCGCCUUGGGAAACCGCGGAGCCACCGCCCCUGCGGAAGGAGGGCCUCGGACGCCGAGGACCAGAAAGUGAGCCCACUUCAGGGAGAUAUCUGCUUUCGACCCCCAGGCCUGGAGUACAGGAAGUGGAAUAUUACCAGUCAGAGGCUGAAGGGCUCCUGGAAUGCCACAAGUGCAGAUACCUGUGCACCGCAAGAGGUGUGAUACAGAUAGUGGAGGUGAUAUUGAAUGGGAUGGUUCUCAUGUGUAUCGUGGCCUCCUACUUUGUCCUUGCUGGAUUCAGUGCCAGCUUUGCCAGCGGCGGUGGCUUUGGGAACGGCUAUUACUCACCAUUUGAGGGCACUGAGCUGGAGCAGGUUCGGCAGCUGGACCAGCAGUACACGAUCCUCCGGGCGCCCCUGAUAUACAGCGGCGUGGCUGUUUCUCUGGGGCUGGGUGUCCUCACCUUGGGUGUUUUACUCCAAGGAGCCAAGAGUCUAAACAAACUGCCGGGGAAGUGGCUCCUCUUUGAGGCCGCCUUCAGCCUCCUCGCGGCAUUGGGCUACUGCGUAGGCAUCGGCCUUUACCUCCACGCGGCCUUGCGGAUCAAUGCCACAGACACCUGCAGGACAAGAGAGAGGGUCUACGCCCGCAGGGGUCUCACCUGGAUGAACUGCCAGCUGGCAGGCACUGAUGGAGCAGCAGCCACCUUUGCUUGUCUUCUGGUGGUGAUGUAUGGCGCCAGCGUGGUGCUGGCCCUGCGGAGCUACCGAGAACAGAAGCACUACAAGGACAGCCAAGAACAGCACAGCAAUUAUAAUGAUGCACCAGAAUACCUGUGGUCUGGGAUACUCUGA